ACUUUAGGUAAACCCUAUCUUAAAUUUAAAACAUAUCUUUAUUUAAAACUGAAAAAAUGAAAGCAAGCUGAUCUGACAAAACUCUCACAUCUUCCUCCACUUCCAAUCACAAAAGAUGAAGAGAGUUUUUAUCUUCACUUGCUUUUUGUUUACUUCAUUUCUAAUAGCAAGUUCGGACCUUUCACCCUCAGAGUCACCCUAUGGGGGUUGCUCAGAUUUAAUAUGGGAUUUGGUAGAUUGCAUGUCUUAUCUGAGUGAUGAAAGUGAGAUGACAAAGCCAGGCCCUGAUUGUUGCACUGCGUUUGAAUUAACAAUGAAUAUCGAUGCUUCGUGUAUUAUAGAAGCCACAAAGAUCGCUCCUUCCUAUGAUAUUAAUUUGAAUGUUACAAGGGUCAUGAUGAUGCCUGAAGUUUGUCGUGAUGUUUCCUUGCCUCCUGAGUCAACUCCUGUUGAACCUCCAAUGACUCCUUCAAAACCAUCAUCACCAGCUCCAAAAUCAUCAGCAAAGAGUACUCCAGUGACACCAAGUUCCAAGACUCCAUCCCCAACAUUCUCAAGCAGUACUGGAGGUGGAGUUCCAGCCUCAUCUCCAUUGUCACACUCUGGAACCUAUUCUACAACUGUUUCCUUCGGUGUUCUUGUUAGUAUGCUUAUUGCUUUAUUAGAGAUUUAGGAUACGGUAAAAAUAAAAAAAUUAUUUUCAUUAGUGGUUUAGGAUAUGGUAAAAAAAAAAAAAAAUUUAUUCGUGGUUUAGAAUAAGGUAAAAUUUUAUUCUCAUUUUAGGGCGCUAUGUGUUUUGUGCUUGAAGAUUUACUUUCUUCAAAUUCUCUAAAUAAUUUUUGGUGUUUGGCUUAUUUCAA